ACCGUAGCACCACAGCGAGCCACUCCCUGAAAGUGAAACAGCAAUGUUUGGGACUUAGCAAUCAUAAGCUGAUUACUGAUGUUGCAACAAGGUGGAACAGUGCAUUUGAUAUGAUCGAUAGGUUCUUGGAACAACAACCAGCAAUCUGUGCCACCUUGCUCUCUCCAGAAGUCAGAAAAGGGGAGUCAGACCUGUUCACUCUGACUGACACAGAUGUGACAAAUGCAGAGGAUGCUGUGAAUGCAUUAAAGCCAAUGAAGGAUGCGACCACACUGAUGUCAGAAGAGAAAAAUCCAACAGUGUCUCUCAUUGCUCCUCUAAAUGCACAACUCAUCCAGAAUAUGGCAGACACCACUGGAGACUCACCUUUGGUCCGUGAGAUCAAAAAUGCAAUUAAAACAGAUCUUAUGAAGAGGUACAACAGUGAGGCAGAGAAGAAGGUUCUUUAUACAGCCUCUGCUCUAGAUCCCCGGUUUAAGGGAAUGCCUUUUCUCACCGAGCAGGAAAAACUGGAGAUAUACAGAGGAGUGAUUGUGGAGGCUGCAUCUUUGGAGAAUGAGUGUACACCUAGCAGAACAGAAGUGUGUGAUGCGCCUGGAAGAACAUGAACCCUGGAAGAAGAAACACCCAUGGGGGACUGCCCCUCUGCUCCCAAACGAAAGGCCUCGUCGCUGCUUGUGA